AUGGCCGACCCGAGACCGUUCACCAACGUCGAUCCCGCGACGGCGGCCGCGGUGCGGCGCAGCGGCUGUGACCCGCACGAGCUGGACAUGUUCAUGGAGCACCUGCUGACGUACAUCUACACCCUCGUCCCCCGCCUGCCCUUCCCCGACAACGGCCGGCUCGCUGUCCACGCCGCCCCCUCCGACGGCGUCGACCGCAUCAGCCGCCUCCCCGACGAGCUCCUGCGAAACUUCGUCGCCCGCCUCCCCGCCAAGUACGGCGCGCGCACCGCCGUGCUCUCCUCCUGCUGGCGCGCGCUCUGGCGCUCCACGCCCCUCGUCCUCAGCGACGCGCACCUCCUCCCCGACGGCCACGGCUGGCCGCCCACACCCGCCACCUCGCCGUCCGUCAUCGCCGCCGUCUCCCGCAUCCUGGAAGCGCACCCGGGGCCCUUUCGCUGCGUCGACCUCGUCUGGAGCCACAUGUGCCGCGCCCGGGUUGCGCGCUGGGUCCAGCUCCUCGCCGCCAAGGGCGUCCAAGACCUCGUCCUCGUCAACCGCCCGUGGCCGCAAGACGUGCCCCUCCCCGCCGCACUCUUCAGCGUCACCACCCUCACCAGCCUCUACAUCGGCCUCUGGAAGUUACCAAGCACGGACGUCCUGCGUGGUGCCUCGUUUCCCCACCUUGUCGAGCUCGGCAUAUGCAGCGUCGAAAUGGAGCGCGACGCCGUCGAGUCCCUCGUCGCCAGGAGCCCUAAGCUAGAGAUCCUCAACAUCGAGGGAUGCCGCGUGGAGCUGCGCCUCCACCUCGUCAGCCAGAGCCUGCGCUGCGUGCAAAUAUGCGGCUCCGCUAAGGAGGACAUCGCCGUGGUAAAGGCUCCUUGCCUCGAGCGGCUCAUCCUCUCGGGCAGAGUCGGUCGCGGUCCCUUCUCCAGCAGAGUCAGGAUUGGAGAUGCCCCCAAGCUGUACACUUUGGGAUACUUAGAGCGAGGACAGGUCCUAGAGGUCGGAGAAACCAUCAUCAUGGAUGGGAUAAAGCCAAGCACAAGUACCAUGCUCACAACCGUUAAAAUUCUGAGCUUGAAUGUGCGUUUCGGGGUUCGCGACGACGUCAAGAUGGUGCCCACCUUCCUCAGAUGCUUUCCCAAGGCGGAGAGACUGCAUAUUGUGAGUAAAAGAUGCGAUCAACCUGCUGCUGGUAACCACCUCACCCGCAGCUUCUGGGAGGAGUCUGGCCCCAUCGAAAACGUCGCCUCGCGCAUCCACACGAUGAGCCUCCGCGAAUUCAUAGGGGACCCGGGCGAGGUUGGCUUCCUGGAGUUCUUCCGGACCGCGCGCACGCUGAGGGCCGCGUUCGUCAUAAUGGCCAAUCCACGCUUCACGCCGUUCUCGAAGGAGGAGGCGGUAGGCAAGGUGAGGCACAGCUUCCGAAGGAUGGUGUCCCAAUCCAGCUACCAGUUUAUGCUUGUUCUUUAG